AUGUGCUUCAGAGUUGGACGAGUGAUACGAAUCUGUAACCUUACCACCAUGCAGUUGGCGAUGCUCAACACAGUUUGUGAGGUGAGUGAGGAAGAGGGAGUAGUGAGAUCAGAGCAUCAGGUGUUGGUACUUGGUCCUGGAGCUUAUUGGAGAAACACUCAGAGCAAUAUUCCUCCUCCUCCUCAUCGUCCUUGCACACAACGUCUCUCCAUCAACGGUGUCUUUUAUUAUGGAGCUAGGAUUGAUAAGAACACAUGUGUGCUCAUGAGUUUUGACUUGACUUCCGAGGAUUUUAGUUUGAUUGAAUUACCCAUUGAGGCUAGCAUUGUCUGGGAUCGCCAUCGCGCUAAUAUCAUGAUAUACCAAGGUAAAGCAGCUGUUUUUGAGUAUUCCCGUCUCGUGACUGGAUGUAUUCUAGACCUGUGGGUGGUUGAGGAUGCAGGGAAGAGUGAAUGGUCGCACAAGGCUUUUGUUUUGCCCAUUCAGUUGCUUAUGCAGAGCCUCUGUUUCGAUGAGUUGUUGAUGCAUCAUACCGGUCGCAGCGGAGAGCUCAGGUUGUCUGGGGCACGCUUUGAUGGUAAUAAAGUAUCAAUGCAUGCUAUUUACGAUUUAGAAAGGAAAUGUGUAUCAAGAGGGGUUGUUGUAGGGCCCUUAUACGCGAAGUUCCAUGGAUUCGAGUCUUUGGAGAUAGCUCUUUGGGAUGAUGUUGAGAGCAUCAUGUAUUUGAAAACCUAA